AUGCACCCCUCUCUUCGCCUCUGUAAAGUCCACAGGCCGCUCAUUCAGUUCGUCGGGAAGCGGAAGUGGACACAACAAGCGCCGCGCGCACACCCUGCAGCGCCCGCUGAGCUGAAGAAGUCAUUUUCGGACUUCGCGCGCAAGUAUCAAGCGUCCGCGACCGCGCCAGCGGCUAGUGUUGCGAGUGCGCCUGCGAGGAAAGUGGAGAACGUGCGGGUGUACGAGGAAUUCUGGGAGGCACCGCCGCGACUAUGGGAGCAGCACAUCGAGGAGGUAGAAAUAGAGGCUAUCAUGAGCGGGGGUGCGUCAUUGAAUUAG